CUCUGCUCUUCCGUCUCUCGUCUACAGUGCCCUCCGCUUCACCUUUUUUCGCUGUCCUAUGAAUUUGGUCGAAAUGCCCAUCCUCCCCUAAAUAAAGCAAGUACCUUUCCCUCUCUCCUCUCACUCUUUUCAAUUUCAAUUUCUCCUCUCUCUCUCUCUCUCCCUCUCUCUCUCGCUCUCUCUCUCUUUAUUUUUUUUUUACUUUUGUUGCCUGAGACUCUCCCUUAUCGUCUCCAAUUGCCACUCGCCGCUACAACCCUCAUCGGAUACUUAAGCCCUCCUUUGAACACAUCUCACAGUCAUCUCCUUCGUACCCGAUAGUACAGUUGCUGAAAUGAAUGGAGAUAGACCAAUGGAAGAUCCUCAUUACACGGAGACGGGAUUCCCUUAUGCUGCUACCGCUAGUUACAUCGAUUUUUAUGGUGGUGCGGCUCAGGAGCCCCUAAACUAUGCUCAUACCGGAACAAUGCAUCCUCAGGACAAUAUGUACUGGACCAUGAAUACAAAUGCAUACAAGUUUGGAUUUUCAGGAUCAGAUAAUGCUUCCUUCUAUGGUUCUUAUGACAUGAAUGAUCAUUUAUCGCGGAUGUCAAUCGGGAGAACGAAUUGGGAGGAGUACCAUCCCAUGGUAAACGUUGAUGAGCCUGAAAUCACAGUUGCACGGUCUGUCCGGAUCGGGGACACGGAUGAGCACUCUGAGGCUGAAGAAUGCAUUGCAAAUGAGCAUGAUCCCGAGAGUCCUCAGGUAUCCUGGCAAGAUGACAUUGAUCCCGAUACAAUGACCUAUGAGGAAUUAGUAGAGCUGGGAGAAGCGGUAGGAACGGAAACCCGGGGGCUGUCUCAGGAACUCAUAGAAACGCUUCCCACUAGAAAAUAUAAGUUUGGGAGCAUCUUCUCCAGGAAAAGAGCAGGGGAAAGGUGUGUGAUAUGCCAGCUCAAGUACAAGAUAGGGGAGAGGCAAAUGAAUCUGCCGUGCAAGCACGUUUAUCAUUCCGAAUGCAUUUCUAAAUGGCUAAGCAUCAACAAGGUUUGCCCGGUGUGCAACAGCGAGGUCUUUGGGGAGCCCAGCAUCAUCCAUUGAUUGGCAAUAGGAAUUUCCUCCUCUUUUUGGCUCUUUAUAUUGAGGCCCUCAUCAAGUUAAUUAAUUGUUUUAGUGUAGUGAAAACUAAAAAACACAAAUAUAUAUAUAUAUAUAUAUAGCCUAUAAGAAGAUGUCCACACUACACUCACUCUCUCUCUCAUGUUCAGUCCUUCUCUGUACAUGUAAUUUUUCUUCUAGUUCCAUUUUCUCUCGUCUGUGCUUUAGCACUCACUCGUAUUGUAUACUAAAGUUUCUACUUCAACUCUCU